UAACAAAGUUGCAAUUUUUUACUUUAGGAUUCUUCCAAGUUCUAUGAGUCUCGUUGUUAACGGAGGAGCCGUUUCUUCAACCCUUGUUCACAACGCCGCUUGGUUUUAUCGAUUUCGAACCAUGAAUCGCCAAAUUCACGGAGCUGUAUCUUCUUCUAAGUCCUUAUCCUUGAAAACCCAACAACAUCAUCCUCUCUCUGAUUCCAAAUCAGAACCAGCCAAUGUAGUUUCUGGGUCUGAGACUCGAGUGUAUACCCGGAAGAAAAGGCUAAAGCAGGAACCUUUGGAGCCUCUGCCCAGAAAAGGAGUCAAUACCCACAAACAACUACGUGGUUUACCCGAUAUAGAAGAUUUCGCUUACAAAAAGAAUGUUGCAUCUCCUUCAUCUAUUUUUGCAGGGAGGUCACCAGAAACUAGCAUCACUGCUGUGACUUCAGUCAAAACCGUAGGAAAUUCGCCUGAUAACUGGGUAGAAGUGCUUGAGGGUAUUCGUCAAAUGAGAUCUUAUGAAGACGCACCAGUUGAUUCUAUGGGAUGUGAUAAGGCCGGAAGCUUUCUGCCUCCUACGGAAAGAAGAUUUGCUGUCUUGCUAGGAGCACUUCUUUCAAGUCAGACAAAAGAUCAAGUUAAUAAUGCGGCAAUACAUCGUCUUCAUCAAAAUGGCCUUCUUACUCCCGAAGCCGUUGAUAAAGCUGAUGAAUCAACCAUAAGAGAAUUGAUCUAUCCGGUUGGAUUCUAUACAAGGAAGGCUACAUAUAUGAAGAAAAUAGCUAGAAUUUGUCUAGUGAAAUAUAACGGAGACAUUCCAAACUCUUUGGACGACCUACUGUCUCUUCCAGGGAUUGGUCCCAAGAUGGCCCAUCUGAUUCUGCAUAUAGCAUGGAAUGAUGUACAAGGUAUAUGUGUGGAUACACAUGUGCAUCGCAUUUGCAAUCGACUUGGUUGGGUGUCUCGACCAGGAACCAAACAGAAAACUACAUCUCCGGAGGAAACAAGAGUAGCUUUGCAACAAUGGCUUCCAAAAGAAGAAUGGGUCGCCAUUAACCCCCUCUUGGUUGGUUUUGGACAAAUGAUUUGCACACCGCUAAGACCUCGUUGCGAAGCCUGCACUAUCACUAAGCUUUGUCCUGCUGCAUUCAAAGAGACAUCAAGUCCUUCAUCCAAGUUGAAGAAAUCUAACGGAAGAAGCAAAGAGCUAUGAUCCAAACUCCAAGAUUAGUAUUUUGAUAACCCCCAUUUUUGUGAUCUGUUCCUCAGAUUGCAUUCUAGAAAACUGUAAGAGCGGGGAUUGCUACAAAACCCACACAAGCCUCUUUGUUUGUACUUGUAAGGAUGUUGUGGAUGACCUUUGUAACAUGUAAAUAGAGGAUUAUAACAAGUUGGUAAACUCAAAUUAGUAAGAUUGCAGAGUA